CUUAGUCCCCAGCAAGCCGCGUCGGCCGUGGCACCCGCGAAAAGCUUAUACUAUUUACAGUACAGUAGGUACCUAAAAACCUAUUUAGGCAGUUCUGGUGUGACGAAAGUGGUGGUGCUUCGAUUUCAGUUAUUAGUUCUAGGUACGAUGGCGAGGGUCUUCGCCAUAGUGCUGGCGUUAUGCGGCGCUGCGCGCGGUCAGGGCUACUACGGCAACGCCGCGGCGUCGGCAAACGCUCGGGUCUAUUAUCUGCAGGACAAUUUAAGCCCAGUGCAGAAAUAUGACGCUGUCUUGGCCACGGCCUCUGCGUUUUCUCCUUUGCCAGCUAGGUUACCUGUAAACGGAUUUGGCGGACCAGCCUCACGAGGACAUCAGGCCGGCAGUCCAUACAGCAGUUUCAACAAUCCGCCGCCUCCUUUGGGAAACGGAGUUGAUAUCUCAGGGUUGACAUGCGGGCUCGCACCGCCGUUCUGCGGAAAGUCCCGGUACCGAAGCAUCGACGGUUCCUGCAAUAACCUCCAGCGGCCCGUGUGGGGCAUGCCGCAGACGCCCUAUGGACGAUUAUUACCAUUCAACUACGCAGACGGUAUAAGCGCUUGGCCAGUGUCCUCGACGGGGCAGCAGUUGCCAAACCCGCGCACAAUCAGCCUGGCGCUGUUCCCUGACAAGAACCUCGUAGACCCAGUGUGGAACCUGAAUGCCCAGCAGUGGGGCCAGAUCAUCACCCACGACAUGUCGCUCACUGCUGGAGUUACUCAGACUCAAACCAACGACAACGACACAUGCCACGAUAACAAGGAUCCACUGACGUGUUGCGACGACAACGGACAGCUGGCGCCCGACGCGGCCACCAACCCCCAGUGCCGGCCCAUCCUUAUCCCAGCGGACGACCCCGUGCACGCGCCCUAUGGCAGGCAGUGCAUGAACUUCGUCCGGACCGGGAACACCAAGGGCAGAGGCUGCACUCCACCGGCUGCACCUGCCUUCCCGUUGACAGUAGUAACCGCGUACAUGGACCUGUCGCAAGUAUACGGCAGCAGCGUCGGACAAGCGGCGCCGCUGCGGGAGUACCGCGGUGGACGCAUGGCGACGGUGCUGCGUGGCGGCCGAGAGUACCCCCCGCAGGACCCCAACGUGACGGUCACCUGCGAGUCCGCGCAGUCGCCCAACGAGCCCUGCUACUUGGCAGGUGACAUAAGAAUGAACCAGAACCCUCAGCUCACGUUGCUGCAGAUCAUCUUGCUGCGCGAGCACAACCGCAUCGCGGACGCGCUCGCGCAUUACAACCCGCACUGGGACGACGAGACCAUCUUCCAGGAGGCCCGGCGCAUCCACAUCGCCGAGAACCAGCAUAUCAAUUAUUAUGAAUACUUGCCCAUCUUCCUUGGCACUGAGAACAUGAUAAAGAACAAGCUGAUCUACCCGGGCGUGCACGGCUACGUGAACGACUACAACCCCAACGUGGACCCGUCUGUCCUCGACGAGCACGCGACCGCCGCCUUCAGACAUUUCCACACGCUCAUCCGCGGCUUCCUGCAGCUGAUGUCAGAAGACCGCAAACUACAUGGCAUGGUGCGCAUGAGCGACUGGUUUAAUCGGCCCCUGAUUUUGGAGAUUGGCAAUACAUUCGAGAACUUGGUUCGGGGCUUGGUGACGCAACAGGUGGAUUUCAGCGACCAGUUCUGGACCAGCGAGAUAACACAGUUCUUAUUUAGACGUAACAACACGGUCGGAGGCGAUUUGCGUGCGACCGACAUCCAGCGAGGCCGCGACCACGGGUUGGCCAACUACGUGGCGACGCGCGCGGCUUGCGGCCUGCCUGUGCCUGCCACCUUCCACGACAUGACCGAUUACAUAUCCCCAGAGAACGUGCGAGUGCUAGAGCAGCUGUACGCGAGCCCCGAGGACGUGGACGUGGUGGUGGCGGGCUCCCUGGAGCGCAACGUGCCGGGCGCGCAGGCCGGCCCCACCUUCCUCUGCAUCCUCACCGAGCAGUUCUACCGCACCCGCGUCGGCGACCGCUUCUUCUACGAGAACGGCGCUGACCACGUCACCGCCUUCACGCCAAGUCAGCUGGAGAGCAUCCGCCACGGCGCCUCGAUGGCGCGGCUGCUGUGCGACAACGCCGACGGGAUCCACAUCAUGCAGCCUAAGGCCUUCGAGCAGAUUAGAAGAGGAAACCAUCUUAUGCCGUGCGACCACUUGCCAGCUAUCGAUCUCUCGUUAUGGAAGGAUGACACCGGAUCGUACAAAUGAAAAUUCGGUUAAUAAAUUGUGUAAGAUGAGCAACAUGUAAGAUUAAAUAUAUAUAUAUAGUAAGUAAAUAAGUAUAAAAUAAAUGACAGUAGACCUCACUGAACUAUUUCCUAGAUUUAUUGAAACGCUAAGUUACCCAAUGGUUGUGAUUUUUAUUUGACAUAACAAAUCAAUUGUAACAUUUGGGUGUACAUACCACCCAAUAGUUUUAAGGAAUUUAUACUUCUUGCCUUUAUAAUAUAAAUGUACUUAGUCUUUAUUACUUUUUGCAAGGAUAAAAUGGGAAGUAUUUUCUACCUACAUUUCAUUGUAGGUAUAUUUUUAUUGUUGCUGCAUUCGUAUCGUUACUUUCAAAUUAAGAGAUUAUUUGAUAUAAACUAACAACAUUUUUCUUGUAAUUAUAAAAUCUUUUAAGUACAUGUUCAUAAUUUUAAAAUAGAUUCGAAUGUACAUAUAGACGUUAUGUACUUAUGACAAGUGAGCCAUUUGAUAUUUUUAACUUAUUUGUGUAAAUGUUUUGCCACUUGCAUUUUUGUGAAAUAUGUGGUACAGUCACCAUCAGAUACAUCGGAGCAACCAAGGUUCUCACACAUAUCUGAACACACCUCUAUAUGUUCAGAUAUUUCUGAGCACCUCGGCAGCUCAGAUAUAUCUUAUGGCGACUGUACAAUAACUACGUGCAUGUCGUGCAUUGUUAGUACACUGCAUACUAUAAAGGGCGGCAGUAAGUCUAUGGCGUGUUCAAGCGAACAAGGAAGAAAGUUACCUACUAGCCCAGGUCGGCUUGCAAACAUACUAUGUAGGUAUUUUGUAAAAAAUAAUAAACCAAAAACCUGAAAUAAGAUUCACCAUUUACACAUUGCACGCCACGUGUUGAGUAGAAUUACCGAUUUAAAUUUAUUGAAAAAGGGGGAUAAAUAUGACAAAUAAUUUUGAAAAAAACAUUUACUAAAACUCAUAUUUAAAGAAAAUAAUCUGUAAUUGGAUAUUGUAUUUUUAACCAAUUUCCAUAAAGAGGAGGUUCCAUGUUCGCGAGUAUGAUUUUUUAUUGUAUAUAAAACUUAUGUCUUGUAUCUAUGUUAAAGUAUGAUUGAUUACGAAUGUGCAUACCGGGUCGUAUUGUCGAAUUUAAAAUGAAAUAAACAGUAAUUCUUUACCUA